AUGCCUUUUUGUCGUUUAAAGGUUAUUUUGUUGAUCAGUGAGUGCACCUUUAUCAUUCUAGCAUGGUUUACACAAAAACUUAGAAGACCUCCCGUGAUACUGCUCCUUUAAUAUUAUGCAUGUAAGCGUAAUUAUCCAGUGAAAGAAAAACAAAAGCUACUCGUGGGUAGCAAACGUUGGGAAAAAAUGUUUCCUUGUUUGUUAAGCUGUCCAAUGUUUACCUAUGCGUUAUGUUCAAUCGGCAUUCACUCAUUUUAAAUCAACUUCUCUUCACCUAAGAAGUAAGCAAAAUAGUCGUUAUCGUCAAAAACUUUUUAGAUGCGUCCUUGCACUAAAUCGACGAAUUAGAUGGUUCUAAGUGCCUUUCCACAUAUUCCUCAAAAAAUACGUCAUGAUAUUCUAUGUCAUCAUAAAAAUAAAUAUAACAGUCAUGAAAACGUAUAGUUUCACUCAGGACAGAAUUACUCAGCUGCCUAAAGGAUCGCUGUGACAAUUACACACAGCUGUGCCUGGACAACAAACUCUCACAACUGAAGAUAACUCUUACUGUUAUGCGAUCACUGCUUAAACUAUGGAGGAGAUAAGAGUUUUCCUCCCCAUUGUCGUUUUUAUUCUGGUAAAUGUUCAACUCAUCACAGGACAGGACUGGCUAGAUGUCUCAAAAGAAGAGCUCCUGGCGCUGAGAAACGAAGUGCUUUCUUUCGAUAAUUCCGUCUCCGAUCUUGUGUUUUUAGUGGACACCUCUGGCAGUUUAUCGUCUAGCGACUACGAUGAAGAAAUAACAUUCGUCACCAACUUGCUAAAUGAGAUCAGCGUGGACAUGCAAGCAACCCGUGUCGAGGUGAUACCGUUUGGAAGCACGGCGAGCCAAUUCAUCACUCAAAUUUCCAACCCCGAUACUUCCAAGAACAAGUGUACAUUUAACGAACAAUUCAAGACGAUGUCCCAAAGUAUCAACGGUUGGGCCACGAACAUGAGGGACGCUUUUCAAUUGGCCUGGGAGGUUUGCCUGAAUAACGGAUUGAAAAGAACGCCGCUGACUACGAUUAAAACUGUCGUUAUCCUUCUCACUGAUGGCAAAUGGAACACACCUUACGGCGACUCGAGCCCCGUUUCACGAGCACAAAACCUCAUAGCGGGUCAUGUGGAGAUUUUUGCCAUAGGUGUUGGUAACAUUGACUACGCAAAUCUUGAAUCUCUUGUUGAUGAUCCAGACAAGCACGCAUUUCUUUUGCAAGACUUCGACGAGUUUGCUGAGCUUGCAACCUAUCUCAGAGGAGAUCCUUAUGAGGAGGUGUGGCAAAUAGAAUCUGUGACCGCUGAUAAAUGUAACAACAACUGUGACGCCCUCGCCACUUGUGCCUGUGGAUUGGUGUACGGGGACUACAAGUGCGCAUGUCCGAAGGGAUAUGCAGGGUCUGGAUAUGUGGGUGAAUGUAACGAAUGUCCGGAAUCAACUUACAAGGAUUUCCUUGGCUAUGCAGACGAGUGUACAGCUUGCCCUGAUAACUCUGGUCACACGAAUAAAGGCAGCUCAUCUAUCUCUGCCUGCAACUGUUUCACAGGAUGGAGUGGAUCACCAGAGAAUGGACAAGAAUGCACAAUACGUAUCUGUGAGACGCUGACUGUCCCUGAAAAUGGAGAAAUCGUAGGAAACUGCUACAACACUUACGGAUCCACAUGCGAGUUUCAGUGUUCCGAAGGACACGAACUGACCGGGAGUUCUACUAGAACAUGCACCAUUGAUGAAUAUGACGUUAUGGUUUGGAGUGGGAACGUUGUGACAUGUCCAGAUAUACGAUGUCCUUAUGUUAUUGUCUAUAAUGCUGAAAACCCUACGGGCACAUGUACCAAUCCAGAUGGAAGCACAGCCACUGAUUUCCUUUACCAAACUACCUGUAGCUUUCAAUGCUUGACUGGCUUUGACAGAAUUGGAAGCGAGAACAUUACGUGUCAGCUGAGCGGAGACUGGUCUCCAGAUCCUCCUUCUUGCGAAUGUAAGAUAUUAUUCGCGCAAUCUGCUGCUUCAAAGGGCGGAACAGUUGCUUUCAUUAAAGAUUUGGGUAUACAUAAGCAAGCAAAAACUAACGAUAAAAACCUACGUUCCGUAGUCAGUUCAUUACGCCAUUGUACAAAUUCUGCGAGUUAAAAAAUUCAUUUUUUCACCGACCUCUCUCAACUCGCCUUGACAAUGACGUCAUGAACUGACGCCGAAAAGUAGGUUUUUAUCGUUAGCUUUUGCUAGCUCAUGCAUAAAUUUUAACCCCGUUUAUAAGACGAAGAAGAUAUACCCAUAUUUCUUUGAAGUAAGAGCUUUUCAGACGGCGAUUUAAGAUUUAACCAAAGAAACAUCGGCCUUCGCUGAGGGAGAUAUGUGAAGAGCCUCUCGUUAUCUCGUACAAAAGAUGAAAAUCGCUCAAAGACACAUUCGUGAGAUCCAAACUCUAAAGGCAAAGAAACUGCAUUUGCAAACAGCGGGAAUCGUGUAGCCCUGUCACAGCUUUCAAUUUCUUGAAUGUAUUCCCUGGAAGUCCUUAGCGACUGGAGACCACUAGGAUGCAGGUUCGGAUGGAAUUUUGACUGGGAACACAGGAAGGGUCACGGGAGACAAAUAAAAUUUGCCAUAAUUUUUAUGACCUUUUAUACUCGUCCUGAAAAUAUAAUUAGCUCUUAUUAACCGAGCAGGAGGUACGUAUUGGAAAGUCUCGACCGAGGUCGUGAGUACAGACCGAAAAGCAGUUAGGUCUGUACACACGACCGAGGUCAAGAUUAUCCCAUACAGACAGACUAGGCUCGGUUAAUAAGACGUUUAUUAUAUGGCAAACAAGAAUAGUUUAAUACGUUUAAUGUAACUGGUUUAUACUAGCUAACAUUUUGCUUGUGAACCGCGAUGAGCCAAACUUAAUUAUUCCAAAGUUUGCUCGUCUUAUUUACUUUUUUUCUCAUCAGGCUUUUUGGCACUUCCAUAAAUAUAUACUGUUAGUAAAGUUGCAUUUUAGUUUGCAAAUUUUUCGCUGCAAAACAUUACUGGUUUAGAUGCCGGUCUGGAUGGGAAAAUCUAGACUGCUUUCAAUAUUAAUUUCAACCAAUCAAAUUCGUUAAUUUCGUAUUUCCCCGUCCUUGUGAGACAGAGCCAUAUAUAAAAUUAAACAUAUUGAAUUGGAGUGGAACCUCUUUAUCUGGUCACUUACAGGCCACAAAAAUCUGGUCGUAUAAAGAGAGGCGGGGGGACGGUGGGUCCGGCCAGAAUAAAGUGGCGUGAUAACGAGGCGGCCGAAUGAACGGACUGGCCAUAAGGCAGGGUUGAACUGUAGAUCAUAACUAGUUUCCUCUUAUUAUAGUCUCCCAUUGCGGAAGCUUCAUAAAUAUGGCGUGGACACGAGUAGUCCCAAAUGGUUUGAAUCAUAUCUCUGCGACCAAAGCCAAAAAUGCAGCAUAAAUGGCCAUUUGUCGGGUGUUGCCCCAGAUUCCUGUGGUGUCCCACAAUGUAGCAACCUUUUACCACUCCUAUUCUUAGUUCACAUUAAUGAUCCGCCUAGUUGCCUCAGUUCAACCUCUGCGAGGGUGUUCGCUGACGACACAAAUAUAACUUACGCUGCCAGUACAAUCGCUGACCUUGAAAAUGUCGUAAACUCAGAGCUAAGAAAACUUAAUUGCUGGCUUGUAACCAAUAGGCUAAGCCUUAAUGUUACUGUGACUGAAUUUAUGGUAAUUGGAUCAAAUCAACGAGUACAUGUUCUUUCGAAUAACCAAAUUAAUGUUGUUAUCGACAGAAAAUCGAUCAAAAAGGUCAAAGAAGUCAAAUCACUGGGUGUGGCUAUUGACGAACACCUUUCAUGAACAAGACAUAUAGACGAAAUGAGCAAGAAGAUAUCCUCAGCCAUAGGCGCCUUUAAAAGUGUAUUCAUCUCUGAGAGAACCGCUCUCCAAAUCUACCUUGCGUUGAUUUUAUCCCGCUUUGACUAUUGUAGCCCUGUUUGGGAUGAACGCAACGUUACCUUGAGCGAUAAAUUAAAACAAAAAAACUCCAAAACAUGGCUGUCUGGGUCAUUACCAGGUCCAGUUAUGCCAUGUUCAAGUUUCCUCCUAAAUUUGACUCCACUGGGACAAUCUCUCCACACGCCGGAAAAAGCUUAAGGUGAUGUUGAUGUUUAAAGCAAUUGAGAGGCUUUCUCCGGCGUACCUGCAAAACGUUUUUAGCAUCUGCAGUACACCGUAUUUUCUAAGAGAUUCUGAGCUCAAAUUAGACUUGCCCAAGCCGCGCACAAACUACUGCAAUCAUGGCUUUUGCUACCGCGGGGCGCUAUUUAAACAAUAGAGUGUUUUUGUCGAGGAAUUAUCGGCUGAUAGUUGCC